AUGGAUUUUGAUGAAAUUCUACAUCAUGUAGGUGAUAAUGGAAGAUUUCAUAUUUGGCUGAUCGUGUUUCUCAACAUUUUAUCUAUGGUAAAUUCUCCUCAUGAUGUCAUGGAGAAUUUUACAGCAGCCAUCCCUGCUCAUCACUGCAGUAUAAACCUUGACAAUUCAAGAUCUGAAAAUGGUACUGCCAUGAACUUGACUACUGAAGCUUUGAUAAAGAUCUCCAUCCCAAUGGGCCCAAACCAGAAACCUGAGCAAUGCAGACGCUUUAAGCACACCCAGUGGCAAUUCUUAGUUUCUAAUAUAUCAAUUUCUAACAAUACUGAGCUAGAGACUGAGCCGUGCCUAGAUGGAUGGACAUAUGACCACAGUGUUUUUACUUCUACCAUUGUCACUGAGUGGGAUUUAGUAUGCGAUUUCCAGUCAUUCAAGUACUAUGCUCAAGCCACCUCUUUGGCAGGGCAUUUGCUGGCUGGUCCUCUAUGUGGCAUUGUUGCUGACAGGUUUGGAAGGAAGCCAUUGAUGAUGUUUUGUUGCCUAGCCUAUGGGGUUUUGGGGACCUGCUGUGCCUUUGCCCCCAAUUUCUCCUUUUACUGUGUUUUGAGAUUCCUGUUAUCAGCCUCCUCAAGUACUAUUAUCAUCACUUCUCUUACCCUUGUUAUAGAAGAAACACCAGUACAGUGGUAUGCCACAACCAUAGUGCUCAAUGGACUGUGCGCCAGUAUUGGCCUGGGUGGACUUGGGGCACUAGCGUAUGUGAUUUCGGAUUGGCACUUACUCCAACUUAUAUUUGCCUUGACCUACUUCAUCUUUUUUAUGUUUUUCUGCUGGAUGCCAGAAUCAGUCCGGUGGCUUAUGAUCACUGGCAAAACAGAUCAAGCAUGGAAGGAGCUCCAGAGAAUUGCCUCCAUCAAUGGGAAGAAAGACUUUGCACAAAGUCUAUCCAUUGAGGACUUGAAAUCCAAACUUAAGGAAGAUGUAAAUUCAACCGGAAAGCAUUUUAGAAUAAACGACAUCAUUAUUAACCCUAUGAUACGUAAAAUAGUGGUUUGUAAUGCCAUUUUAAUUUUUGCAGAAUUUUUCAGCAUUUUUGGCCUCUUGUUGGAUGUUCAAAUGUUGGGAAAGAAUAUAUUCCUGACCCAGAUUCUCCUAGGAAUGAUAGACAUACCCAGUAAAUCACUCACAUAUUUUACAUUAAAAAAUGCAAGCCGUCGUCCUUUAAUUGCUUUUCUGCUCCUUGCAACUGGAAGUUGUAUUACCAUCAACAUAUUUCUCCCUGAAGAGAUGCACAUCUUGCGCCUUAUUAUUUUCAUUUUGGGAAAAGGAUCUUUUGCAGCUUUCUGUAGUGUAAGCACAGCUUACAGCAAUGAACUCAUGCCAGUGGCACUCAGGACAACUAUAAAUGGUGUUUAUAUAACUGUUGCUCGCUUAGCAGUAGUACUGUCUGCACUAACACUUGUUACUAGAAAGUAUUUUGUGCAUCUUCCCAUGAUUCUCUAUGGAGUCGUACCCAUCGUGAUGACAAUCAACAUCUACUUUCUGCCAGAGACCGUAAAUCGUCCAUUUAUUGACAUUAUCAAGGAUAUGGAGAAAAGGAAAAGAUCGACAAGCAAAAACAUCAGUAAAAAAGAAGUUCAAGACUUCUUGGAAACUACCGAGUGCUAA